CGUGGGAGCGCAGACUCUCCUCGCGCCUUAGAUUGUUCGCCGGUGGACUGGAGGAGCUACCGGGUUUGCGUUUAUUUAGCGUUAUUGUAUCCAUUUGAUUUUUAUUUCAUCCUUGAGCAACUGGGGGGCCAUUGUGUCUCCCCGUUCUGUAUUUUAAUGACUGGUUUUGUAUUUUGCUGCGCGAUGUACAUGGAUAAAACCAGUGUGCUCCGGGGCCCGUCCACCGCCAGUCCACGGCUGCUAACCAAGAGUCUGUCCCUUGAGCCAGGCCCCUGCCUCGGAGCCCACGAGACCCCACAGCGCCUCUGCUCUGACCCUGGACCCCUGGAACCACAGCACUGCAAUGGCACAAGUGAGGACGGACCUCAGGACGUCCCACCUGCACCCCCUAAAACACGCCCACCUUUACCUGGGCCAAAGCCUCAAGUGCCCCCGAAACCCCCUCAUCUACAGCAGCAGAGCGCUCGAAGGCCACGCCCCCCGGAUAAACCC